GGCGCUGCAGAACAACAAAACAGAUAAGACACAGAAGAAGAACAGUUCACAGGUUAUGUUUGGUUGUUAGGGCUGUCAAAAUGUCUGGCCAUGACCAUCUGGCUUUCUGCUUAUGUGAAAUAACAAGGUUAUUGUGGUCAUUGCUACUUCCACUAUUGUUUCUGUGCGUACUUUUGACGGCCGCACUGGUCCUACUCGUCGUUGGUGUGCGCUUCUGGCUGCAGGCCAACAGGAACGCAAGGAUAGCACGCGAUGGACGUCCUACAGUGGCCUUCUUCCACCCUUACUGCAACGCUGGUGGCGGCGGCGAGAGAGUUCUCUGGUGCUCCUUAAGAGCUCUGCAGAAUAGGUAUCCAGACCUGUCUUUCGUGGUAUACACGGGCGACCAGGGCGUGACCAGCCAUCAGAUUCUGGACGGAGCUAGUCGACGCUUCAACAUCCAGCUUCCACGACCGGUCCAGUUUGUUUUCCUGAGGCACCGUCUGCUAGUGGAGGCCAGCCUUUUCCCUCACUUCACCCUGCUUGGACAGAGUGUGGGCUCCAUCUUCCUGGGCUGGGAGGCCCUCACAGAGUUUGUCCCCGACCUCUACAUAGACUCCAUGGGCUAUGCCUUCACCUUGCCCCUGUUCCGCUACCUUGGAGGUUGCAGAGUAGCCAGCUAUGUGCACUAUCCCACUAUCAGCACAGACAUGCUGUCUGUGGUGCAGGAGAGGAACCCCAGGUUCAACAAUGCAGACUUCAUCUCUAACAACCUAUUCCUGAGUGCAGUCAAGGUGGUGUACUACUGCCUGUUUGCCCUUCUCUACGGUAUGGCUGGCUCCUGCAGUGACGUUGUCAUGGUCAACUCCACCUGGACCUUGGACCAUAUCCUGGCACUAUGGCGCGCCCCCAACCGCACCAGCGUGGUGUACCCCCCCUGCGAUGUCCAAGCCUUCCUCAACGUCCCACUGGAGGAGGAAGGAGACAGGAAGUCCCACUCCAUUGUUUCCAUUGGACAGUUCCGGCCGGAGAAGGACCAUAAGUUGCAGAUCCGGGCCUAUGGGAAACUACUGGAGAAAAGGAGGGCCGGGCCUGGGGGGCAGGAGGCGCUGAGGCUGGUUCUGAUUGGUGGCUGUCGGAACGAGGAGGACGAGGAUAGGGUGCUGAUGCUGAGGGGGCUGUGCCAGGAGUUGGGAAUCGCAGACAAGGUGGAGUUCAAACUGAACAUUCCCUUUCAGGAGCUGAAGAGAGAGUUGGGGGAGGCCACCAUUGGUCUGCACACCAUGUGGAACGAACACUUUGGCAUAGGUGUUGUGGAGUGUAUGGCAGCAGGCACGGUCAUCCUAGCACACAAGUCCGGAGGCCCCAAGCUGGAUAUCGUGGUGCCCCACGAGGGCGGACCGACAGGCUUCCUGGCCGACGAUGAGGACAGCUACGUGGACGCCAUGGGGACGAUCCUGGGCAUGGCCCCCUCGGCUCGCCUGGAGAUCCGCCGCAACGCCCGCCAGUCUGCGGCUCGCUUCUCCGACCAGGAGUUUGAGGCCUGCUUCCUGGCCGCCAUGGAGCCUCUAAUGGGCCUACAUCUGGCACGGUAA